GGCAUCAAAGGAAGCUAUGUGCGCCCUACGCACCCUGCGCAUUUUUCAGGCCACCAAUCUCCUUUUUAUUUCCUACUACUCCACACUUAUUUGUUAACUUGCGAUUCCCAAAUCAAAAACCCUAAUGGCCCAGCCCUUUCAUUUUAUAUUUAGUUGAUUCUUUAGAGCUUAUAGAAGAUUCAAGUUCUAAUUUCCCCCUUCACAAACAUCGUUUUCUCUUUUCAAAAUCAGGAUUUUUUUGACAGAAAACCCUAAAAGCUCGAAAGCUUUGAUUUUCAAGCUCGGAAUUGUAAUUUCACGGUUUUGGGUCUGGUUGACAUCAUCAGAAGCUCGAAAAGAUUUGUUUUUUCCAUUACAAAUAUCAAACAGAAGCUCAAAUCAAAAUCCUAAUCUUACUGUUUCUGGGCCAUGAAGAACUUGUGACUGUUUCAGAGGAACAACACAAAAAGCUUUCAACUUUUGCUGAAAUGUCUGUGGAGAGGCCCUUCGAAGCUUGGGAGGAGGUUCAGCGCCAUGGCCAGGACUUAGCGGACCGCCUCGCUCAGGGCUUCACGGGUUUGAUUCAGUCCCACAUCAGUACGCCGUCGUUCGCUUGGCCUAACCCUAACACGUCGAAGCUCUUCGAUCUCGAGUUCCCGAACCAGAGUUUCGGCAAGAGAGACUUUGUUGGGUUGGUGGCCGAGAACUCCGGGAUUAAUGGGGUUUCCGCGAUUCUCAAUAUCGGUAACAGGAUCGGGCAAGUCGGGGCGGAUUUCGGGGCGUGCUUGAAUGGGAUGGUUCAACAGUUCUUUAGGACCUUACCGGUACCGUUUAGGCAUGAUGAAAAUGCUGCUAUAGCGGCUGUUCGAAUUGAUUCGGAUAAGGUUAGGCAGAGAGCAGAUGCGAGUUUGAGUGGUAAGGAGGAUUUGGGGCCAUUGAAGGAACGCUUGAAGGAUUUCAAGGUUGUGGAGAGUGAUGGUGUCUCUGAUGGUUUGGUGGAUGAAGAACUUGCUGGCUUGAAUCUAAGGUCCGCUGGUCUUCUGGGUAGACCACUGGGGAGCAUAAAUACCUCAACAACUUAUGAUAGUAGAACACGUCAGCUAGAAAGUUCUUUCCUUGCAAGGGGAGAUCUAUGGAGAGUAGAGGCUUCGAGUGGCAGUUCCACAUCUAGAAAUGACAAUUCAUCACUCUUCCUUGUCCAGCUUGGGCCUGUACUCUUUGUUCGUGAUGCGACACUUCUUCUUCCGGUGCAUUUGUCAAAGCAACACUUGCUUUGGUAUGGCUAUGAUAGGAAGAAUGGGAUGCAUUCCCUUUGUCCGGCCGUGUGGUCAAAACACAGAAGGUGGCUCUUAAUGUCAAUGGUCUGCCUGAAUCCAUUAGCCUGUUCAUUUGUUGAUUUACAGUUUCCAAACGGGCAAUUUACAUUUAUAUCUGGUGAAGGGCUUUCCACAAGUGCUUUCUUACCUCUGUGUGGAGGCCUUCUACAAGCUCAAGGUCAAUAUCCUGGAGAAAUGAGAUUCAGUUUCUCUCGCAAGAAUAAGUGGGGAACACGCAUCACCCCAAUGAUACAAUGGCCAGACAAGUCUUUUACACUGGGUCUAUCACAAGCCUUGGCUUGGCAGAGAUCUGGUCUCAUGGUGAGGCCUACAAUUCAGUUCAGUUUAUGCCCCACUUUUGGUGGAAGCAAUCCUGGUUUGCGGGCAGAACUCAUUCACUCAGUGAAGGAGGAGCUCAACCUGAUAUGUGGUUGUGCAUUCACACCACAUCCUUCUGUGUUUGCUUCAAUAUCUGUUGGCAGAUCCAAGUGGAAUGGAAAUGUUGGGAACUCGGGGCUAGUUUUUAGAGUGGAUACCCCGCUUACCAAUGUUGAUCGACCUUCCUUCUCUGUUCAGUUAAACAAUGUCCUUGAGUUUUGAUUGUUUUGGCUCCAUAGUCUGCAAAUGCAAGUGUAUAUAGUCUCAAGCUCUGAAAUACAAUACCACAUGUGAAUAUGUGAAUGUUCUGCUAAUUAUACAAAUGUUCCCUGUUUUUCCUGUA